AUGAUCGGCGUCAUUCAGACUCCUUUGGACAAUAAGACAACCCCAAUAAAAGUCCCAGGUCUUGGCGAUAUCCCUGUCCAUGUGCUACUCUCCCACGAUCAAUUCGCAACAGGGACAAAUGAGUGGAAGGGUCAUAUUCUCACGGCCAAGGAACUGGCUAUGCUUGAUCUUAUCAAUACCAUUACCGACCGACCAAACUGGAACCGCGCCAUCUUCGAUCAGCAAAUUAUUGCCCAAUGGCAAGAAGACGCCAUGUCAUCGUCGUCGCUGAUCAAUGAUAAAACAUGGGCCUGGUGCUUGCAAGAAUUGCAAGACAAGGCUCGGCACUUCGACCAGGACGGCCGCUUAGUCGUCUUCAACACGAGCAGCGGUGUCUCUAAAUCUGAUACUGCAAUUUCUCCCGAACUUGGGUCAAAGUUAUCGAAUUCUGUAGACCUAUUGUCUCAUCAAGCUAUCCUGGAAAAGUCCGACUCGGCUGUGGUCAAUCUCGUUGAUUCUUCUCUAUUUCCGCUCGUCUAUGGGAGGACCAAAAUUCUAGUCGGGGGAGGAUCCUGUCGACUGGACGAGAAAGGCUGGCCUUCAUGCAGUACAGAGGACCUGGUCGUUUCGGAAGUCCCGCAACUGGUGACAGAGCGCUCCGACUGGUCUUUGUACGGCGGUCAGUAUAUUUGGUCCUCCAAGUUUCAGUGGCUGCCAUGUGAAGUGCAGUUUACCGGUCCUUCUGGAUCCUCAGAUGUCCAAAUUUCGUCUUACAUCAACAAUCUGCAUCCCGGGAACCGUGAGUGUUACGCCGCGAUCGAAGCCGUGAUCUCCAGCAGCAUUAAGCAAUGGAACGAGAUUAUGGUUCGCAAUAAGUGGAGGAGAGCAAUCGGUUCUUUCCACGGGAAUUGCGUCUACUGUCCUCGGGAGCCCAUACGAAUCCGCACCUUCGGGGUUGAAUGGAAAGCUCAGUUUCCUGAGUGGGCGAAGAAAUUGCCCGAAAAGGAAGACGAAAAUAAAUUGUCGGCAGAGGAAUACGGAGUCAUGUGUUCUCAGGUGGAGGCGUAUCUUGAGGAACCCGAAUCGCAGGAUGCGGUGUGCUGGCCCUGGGUUAGAACCCAACGGAUCCCGGAGGAUUGGAAGUCCCGCUGGGGGUUACUCCGCACAGCUCUGACAAAGUAUGCAAAUACCUUUGUCUUUCAGCACUCGGACCCAGGAACUGCGUAUUCGUACGAGGAUUGGAAAGCAGGAAGGACCGGGAAAGCAAUCGUUGGCCCGGCGCACCAUGACCAUGUUUGCAGUGCGAUUCAUGAGCUAUCUCAGUUUAUGGGCUCAAACCCUUGGUUGCAACCCUAUGAAUGGAUGUAUAGGCCAAAGGGAGAAGACGCUGAUGACCACCGUUUCUACACACUUGCAUUGCAGGAAGAGUUUCGAGAACAGGGUCUCCAGGUUGUCGUUCGGAUUCACAGUAUCGAGCUUGACCCUGGGACGCCAUUCUACCCUGGAGAAGAGUGGCACACCGAGGGAAAUGCAAAUGAACGUAUAGUCGCCAACGCCAUCUACACUCUUGAUUCUACAAACAUGUCUGAACCCCAAAUCGGCUUCCGGCAGAGGUGCUCACUAGGAGGCGAGACCUGGGUCUACGACCGAUUCGGCGCCAUGGAUUCAGAUAACGACGAAAGUGAUAGGGACUCAAAUGACAGUUAUCGAGACUUGCUCUUGGAGCAUGCCCUCUGGGACCUUGAAUACAUAAGUCGGCUUUUCGGAUACGAGGAUAUUCAAUAUAGUCCGGCCUGGCAACAGCUCGGGGAGGUGAAACUGCGUCCGGGUCGCUUGAUCUCCUUCCCCAACGCUUUCCAGCACCGAAUGGGCCCAUUAAAGCUUCAGGACGAGACUAAGCCAGGUCGCUGCCGAUUUCUCACUCUUUCUCUUAUCGAUCCGACCUACCGGCUUUGCUCAACAUGGAAUGUCCCGCCCCAACAGCCCGGUCUGAACCAUAGCAGUGACUCUGAGUCUGCAAAGCAAAUGGAUCUAACGGAGGCCCUUAAGCUUAGAGAUGAACUGCUUAAAGAACAUAUCAAGAAGGAUGAGGGUAUCUUUAAGCUUGCACAGACAAUGUCGUUUUCUGGAUUCUCAUGA